GUGGGAGUAUCCACAAUACUCGACUUCCUCCUGAACCUACCAAACCUGUUCAUGAUGACAAAGAUUUUGACAGCCUUUUUUCUUCUGACUGAUUAUGCCAUGCAAACUGCUAGCCUUUUUCAACAUGAUUUCUCAGAGUCAUUCUUGUGAAGUCCAUACUAAACAUAUCCACAAACACAUAUCAGGGAUGAAUCUCAAUCUAUGGCCAAAAGAGACAUCUUGACUGAGAACUCUAUGGAAUAGCUGCAAUAGUCAGUUUUUCAUCAUGUCUUAUUACAAGACACCAUAUGUUUAUCAACAUGUUCAACCAUCUAGUACCCGUGACACCUAUGUAGAUGAGACUUAUGAUCGUGGUUAUCAUGUCUAUUCAGGCGACACCACCCGUACAGGAUGGAGCACUUUUAGUGACAGUGAGUAUCACAGAGGAGAAACCUUGCCACUUCGAUCAGUUCCAACACCAGGACCUGCUGCUCCUGUUGACAGCCGCUACCGAGCCAUGCCACCUGUCAGGCAGCAGAAACCCAGGAUUGGCAACUUAGAACUCUUGAAUCCCAUGGAAAGUGAAGCUUUGCUGGAGCAAGGGCCUGUAAAGUUUGGUUCCAGCUGGGAAUCAAGGAACAUUCCUAAUGAUGAGCUGAACUUCAAGAACAUUGCCAACACAGAAGAGCCUGCUGGGGAACCACCAAAAGACAGAUUUAAUAUGGUCUACCUUAUCCUGAUGUUAUUUGGAACUGGUUCUCUUAUGCCAUGGAACAUGCAUGUAACUGCCAAUGCUUAUUUUGUGGACUUGAAGCUCAAUGUCAAUGAAUCUAACAUUCAGACAGAAGAUUUUAGAAGAAAUUUUCUCUCCUACCUUGGUGUUGCAUGUCAAGUUCCCAAUGUUUUGUGCAGUGGUUUGAAUCUUUUUCUGCAUACUGGGGGUGGAAACUUCACUAAAAGGAUUAUUAUCAGUUUAAUCAUCACUGUUGUCAUGUUCAUUGUGAGUGUGGCACUAGCCAUUUUGGACUCUUCUGACUGGCCAGGGCUGUUCUUCUAUAUAACCAUGGCCUCAAUUGUCCUGAUGAGUAUGGGCAAUGGUGUGUAUCAGAAUUGCAUUUAUGGACUAGCAGCUAAGUUGCCAAUGAAGUUCUCCAAUGCUAUUCUUGUGGGAACAAACAUUAGUGGAACUCUUGCUGCUUCUUUUAAUGUUCUGUCUAUUGCAGUAGUGCCAGAUCUCAGGACAGCAGUUAUAUACUCUUUUGUCAGUGCAAUUUUCAUUCUUCUCUUGGCUCUGGAUACAUAUUUUGCCCUUCCUUUAACACGUUUCUACAAAUAUUAUGACAAGUUAACAAUGAAAGCUCUUGUGGACAGGAAGUUGGUGGCAAGAAGCCCUCCUUAUUGGUUGAUUUUUAAACAGAUAUGGCCUCAGUGUUUCAACGUGUUUUUUGUUUUUUUUGUCACACUGACCAAUUUUCCAGCUGUUCUUAUUAAUAUUUUCCCAUUGGACCAAAAUUUCAUCCUUCCAACUACAUAUUUCACCCCAGUCACCUGUUUCUUGUGUUUCAACUUUUUUGCCAUGUUUGGGAACAUACUUGCAAACUGGAUCAGAUGGCCAGGACCUUGUUUCCUCUGGAUACCGGUGUUUUUGAGGUCACUGAUGAUACCAUAUUUCAUGCUUUGUAACUACAAACCUGACCACCGAGUCCUUCCAGUACUUAUCAACAACGACUGGGCCUACAUUGGCAUGUCUGUGUUUCAUGGACUGACCAGUGGCUACUGCAGUAGUUUGGCUAUGAUGUUUGUUCCAUGGUCUGUAGAAAGAGAACACACUACCACAGCUGGAAUGAUGGCUGCCUUCUUCCUCAUCCUUGGUGUCUUUUGUGGUGUUAACUUUUCUUUCUUCAUCUCCUGGUUGGUAGAAACUCGGUUGUUUUGAGAUUGACAACAAUGGAAUGUUGCAGCUAAGUAAUAAAAAUAUAAAUCAGUAGGUUUUAGGUGAAACUACUCUCCCAUGCUGGCAGAUAUAAUCUCUUGUUUUGUGACUUUAUUGAUUACGGUUAUAAUAUUUAAAACAAAGUCAACAUCCAUUGUAUAAGAAGCUCUAUGUUGGUUAAAUUGAACAUUUAUACAAAAAAGGAAGUUAUUAAUGAAUCAUUAGAAUGAAGAUUUAGGUUUUAUGCUUUUUUCUAUUCUUGUCAAUUUCUAAAUCACUUAAGGAAGAAAUUGCAUCAUUUAAUAUGUGGAAUUGAAAGGUCUUUUUACAGCAUCAAUUUUGUUUGAUAUUUGCUGCAAUUGAAUCAUGUUACUCAACAGUUUUUGAACUUGCAAAGUAUACCACAUUAAGAUGGUUCAAGGUUUGUCAGUAUAUUCAAACUGCCUACUUUGUCACUGGGAGAGACUUCAUGAAGUCUGGCACUUUCUCUGAAGCUAGGCCUUUACCAGACUUCUGAUGUAUCUUUGUAUACUCUGUUGAGCUACAGAUAGUUACUGAAUCAUCACUGUAUGCCAGUUUUUACUUUUCAAUGUUGUGUUAACUCUGAUUGCAGUUUGAUGUAUGUUAAGGUUAAUGUCAUAAUUUGUUAAAGAUAUUUAUUUGAGAUAUUGUGUUAAGCUUGUAUUUAGGUGACACCUUUAUAAUUGAGAAUUUUAAAUCAAUGUUUGAAUGUAUUCUUUAUAGAAUUUGAUUUGUGAAAUAUGUAUGGAAUUAUUGAUUAGGCUGUUAGAGAGUGUAUCUGUUGAGAGUCAGCAAGUUGUGCAUAAUUUUUACUGUGGUUAAUUAAUGUUUCAUAAAAAGUACAUGGGCUCAUCAUUAGCAAAUGGAAAGUUUUUUUGCACGAUGGCAUUGAUUAAAUUAUCUUUAGUCUUUAAACAAUUAAAAAAUAAGUAAAAACACUAAAUAAAGCAUUAUGAGAGAUUUCUGUUAAUAAAGUUUUUAUUUUUGGGUAUGAAGAAACUGAAGUUUUAGAAACAUUACUGUCAAGAUGUGUAUGUAUGGCUUUUUUAAGGGAUUUGAAUCCAGAGAAAAAAGCACUUCUCUAGUGUGUAGGUGUAGUGGUCUGUAAAAUUAUUUUUGGCUGUUUUGGGGUUACCAUACUUAAUUGAGCAACUUUUUUUUCUAGUGUAAAACCAUAAAAUAUAUAAAUAACAAAUUUCUGUGUUUUUCUACCCUUUAAAUGAUUUUUAGUGAAACAGAGGUGUAAGAAGGAGAUUGAGUUUCUCAUUCCUAUUUGACUAAGACAGUUACUCUGUACAGGUACACCAAAAAGUGGAUUUUAGUGAGCCUUAGACUUGUUGUUAACACCCAUAUUUUACUGGCCUUAUGCUUUGUCUUUUUAUUAAAAGUUAAAAUAACAUGAGUAAAUAGUUUCAUCUGAAGCUUAAUUCAUCAUGGACUUUUAAUAUGUAUGCUGUAGGUAAUUUCAUACCACGAAGAUCAAACUGAUGCAGCAAAGCACUAUUUCGCUAAUAAAUCACAUGAGGAUGACAUGUUUAAAGUAUGUGCAAUAUGAAUAAGAAUGGAAAGAAAGUUGUUAUGACAUAAAAUAUCAUGGACUUAGAGUAAAAAGUUUCAUCUCGAGCAAUUUGCUGACAUAUGUAGUUCCAUUUUAUCAAGUGAAAGAUACAAAGAUGAAGAAAAAAUGUUAUCUUCAAAAUGAAAGAAAGCAUAACUUAUUAUGAGGAUGGGUAGUAAUGUUAAUUAUAACAAUGAAGUUUGCAAUAACUUUUCCAAAUAUAAACUACCUUUCCAAUCUGAUUGUCUGUGUAAAUCUUGUUGAAGAUGUUCUUCCAAACUUUGAGUCUUGCUGGUGUACAUUUUUAAUUUAAUGUUAAGAAAGUGCAGGGCUGAGCUCAGCUCUAAUGAUUUUUGUUUUCUGUAAGCUUUCUUUCUGUCAUAAUAUUAACCCAUUCUUAGAUGUGAAGAUGUAAUGCUUUACAUAUUACAACCAAAUAAAUGUUAUCUGUGUAUUUUAACUUCUAUGGGAUAUUGACUGGUUACACAGUAAAAUUCUGUUUUGUAGUAAAUAAAUCAACAACUAUACUUAUCAUAUAUAAUGAAGUAGUUAAUAUUUUACCAAAUAUAAUAAACAUUCAGUAAUGUAAUGUCAGACUUUAGACACUUUUGUAUGUUUGAAUGUUAAAAGAUAAAUGCUACAUUCUUAUACAGAGUAACCUGAAGGCUGACUAUUAAUGAAAUAAUUUAAGUAAUAAUUUCAUGACUAAAUGUUUCUUCUAGGUGGAAAUAAAAACAUUUUGAAAUAAAAUCUUCUAAAGACUUACUUGCAUUAAAUACAAUAAUAGGGAUCCUGCAUUCAGAAAGCACUGAUGCAUACAGCCUCACAUCUGAAGUGGCCUAAUGUCAGUACAUUUUUUUUUUCUGUGCCACUCAAUCAUUCUCAAGAUAACAGCUGAUCACAAAAUAUCUCUGGUCACAUUCACUUCAGAAGAGUUUGAGCAUUUGAUAUAUUGUUUUUGAUUUAAGUAGAUAGUUUGUCCUUAUUGGAUGUUAAUGUUGUUUGAAUCGAAGCUAGAAAUUCAACUUCUGUGGCUUGAUUGAUGAUUUCUAGAACUCAAGCUAUAAAAUAUCAGUAUUAUUUUGUACAUAUAUAGUAAAAUAGAGUUCACUUCAAUUUAUCUUAAUUAUUUGUUUAUUUAUAACGACUGCAUAAGAAAGAAUAGGGGUGGGGUUGAAACAAGUGACUAUACAUGUGGGUGCUUUUUACAUCCUAGUCACAGUACACUUGAUGAAGUCAACCAUGCCUGAGACUACUUGAGAUACCCAGAACUUGAAAAAUAAGAAGCUUCUUGUUGCAAGUUCUUUUAGUUUCAGCUUUGAAUGUAGGAUUUAAUUUCAAGAACCUAUGAGUGAAAGCAAAGAAGAAUAUAUAUAAUAAUAUGUCAACCACACUAUAUCUGCUAUAUUCAGUGCCAAAGAGGACUUUUGCCCAAUGCCAAAGUUCAUUAGGCUGGCUGGAAUAUGACAGGUGUAGUAGUGAUCUAGACACCAUUUAUAUAAUCAGAUGCAUGAACAACAACUGUUAUGAUGCCAACUAGAUUAAAUAAGCAUAAUUAUUAUCAGUUUAUCUAUGGAAAUAAGUCAUUGUGAUCAAACUUCUGUGACUCUAAAUGAACCUGAUAAGGAUUAUCCUAUAAAUUAUUGUUUGAAAUAUAUAUUCUUUUGGAAUAUUUCAAUAGAAAUUUUCAAAUCUUAGAUUACAGUCUCUUUUUUUAUUAAUUGGGAUGCUUGUGAUACACUAGAACAAACUUUGAGUUUUUACAAGAGGGCUUAAAAUUACUUUUAGUUUAAUGAAUGAGAUCACCAUAAUCUAUCAUUUUAAACUUUUUCCAUUUUGUAUUCUUACCAUUGUUAUACAGUAUUCUUAAAAUGUACCUAUAUAUAUGUAGUGUUUAUAAGGAAGCUGGUGAUCAUAGAUUGUUGAUUAAUUUCAUGCCCUCUUCCACUGCAGCAAGUCAGGCCCAAAUUGCCACUCUAAUUGUAAAACGUUCUUGGUGAAACAUGCCUUUAAACACUCAUAGUUUCUACCUGACUUUUACAGGUAAACUUCUCACAAACUUUGAUUCACUUUAAACUUUGGCCUCACCCCACAGAUUUUGCUUCUCUCACCUGUGUUUCAGGAAAUUAUUUUUUAUAUCUCAAACAACAGUAUUUUGUAUGUUUUGCAAAAUAUAUCAUUUUUAUAUGAGAUAGACCUUUUCUUAGAGUUAUUACAAACCUACUUUUAUUGGUAUAGUAUUAUGGAUUCCAAGGAUACUUUAUUUGCAUUAUUACUAAUGCCUAUGUAGAAAUGCUCAUUCUGGGGAAGUUUAAGGCAUUUAUUUGUAUUAGAGUAUUUUACUGUGUUAUUUAUUUUAAUUUCAUUUUGUAGGCCAGUAAGCUUAUUUAUUCAAAAAGUAUGUAUCUUAUAUGGUUUAAUUUUUAUUAUUUUUACCUGUCAAUAGAAAAGUCAGAGUGAGUAGUGAAUAAGUAUUGUUUUUUAGUUCGAAAUAUAUAUUCAUUGAAAUUAGUGGUCACUGUAAAAUACAUUUAUACAGACUUGUUUACAGUGUUUGAUAUUAAAUAUUCAUUCUCAUAAACUCUACAUAAUUACCAAGAUUCAUCUAUAUAUCUCUAGAUCUUGUGAUAAAUUGCCUAAGGUAGUUUAACUUUUAAAUCUGGUAUCUUUCACAUUGACUUAGCUUUUAAGAUGACCUCAGAUGAACAAUUUUUUGUUUUUAUGUACAAAACCUAUCUAAGGAAUAGUCAUGCAGUUAAAUUAUUUUAAUUUGCAUUUUUGCAUAAACCCAACUAAUGUGUUUGUAGAUUAGUGCAUUUUUAUUUCAUAUAUAUAGCUUGUUAUUGUAAAAGUUAAAAAGUUUUGAAGUGGUUAAUGUAGUAAUAUGAUUAUCUAUAUUAUCCAGAACUUGCACAAUAAAAAUCAAUUUAUAUGUA